AUGAGUUGCAAACUGCUGACGCGUUUUUUUUUUUGUACACCAGGCAUCAACGAGUGUGCAAGCAACCCCUGUCAACACGGUUCCACCUGUGUGGACGCCGUGAACUGGUACAGGUGUUACUGUGCGGACGGUUGGACGGGCGAUAACUGUGCACAGGAUAUCAAUGAAUGCAGCCAGAACCCUUGUCAGAACGGAGGAGUUUGUACCAACACUCCCGGGAGCUACUCGUGUACCUGCCCUGCCGGCUUCAGUGGAGCGAACUGUGAAGCAACUGUUUUAGAGGGAACGAACAUCGUGACGUGCGACUUCGACACGGACUACUGCGGCUGGCAGUUCGGGGAAGAUAACCAGCUGAGUGUGUCCAGAGAACAGUCAGACGGCUGUGGUCGGUACGGACCGUCAGGCGACCACACUCAAGGAGACGGGUCGGGCUGGUACCUGUGCAUGCAGAGCAGCUCCAGCGAUCCCCAAGACAGCACCGCCCGACUAAUCAGCCCCUGGUUCUACGACACCUCUCCGAGAACUCUCAGUUUCUGGUAUCUGUCCAAGUAUUUCACCUCGAACACCAUCCUGAACGUGUAUCUGCAUGUAGACGGUGUCGUUUCUGACGUUCCUGCGCUGACCAUCAAUCGACGAGCCACAGAAUGGACGUUCGUAGAGGUCAAUGUAACAAGGACGCAGUUUUUCCGGGUUUUGAUAGAAGCUGUCAAGCCAGGUUUUGCGCGUCCACAAGUCGGAAUAGAUGAUGUGGAAAUUUCAUCAGUCGACUUGGAUGACUGCGCCAGCGGUCCAUGUAAGAACGGGGCCGUGUGUGAAGAUUUGCUCUUCGAUUUCAACUGUGUGUGCGCGCCAGGAUGGGACGGUCCGACUUGUGAGACAAAUGUAAACGAAUGCGCCAGCAGCCCAUGUCAGCAUAAUGGGCAGUGUCGGGACGGCGUCAACGGCUACACGUGCUCCUGUACUCCAGCUUGGACUGGCAACAACUGCGAAUUUGCGGCAUCGCAGGCAGCCUGUGCAGCUUACCCCUGUCAGAACGGCGGAGUCUGCACGGCGAGCGGAAACUCCUACAGCUGUCAGUGCACCGCCGGGUGGGGAGGGCAGAACUGUGACCAAGACGUGAAUGAGUGUUUGAGCUCCCCCUGUCAAAAUGGCGGGCUUUGCACGGAUAUCUUCAACGGCUACAACUGCACAUGCGCGGCUGGAUACACGGGAAGCAGGUGUGAAACAGACAUUGAUGACUGUGCCAGCGGCCCCUGUACUAAUGGAGGGACCUGCAGUGAUGGAGUCAACACCUUCUCCUGCUCGUGCCCUGCCGGAUUCACGGGGAUCGACUGUAGCGAAGACUUCGACGACUGUCUGAGCAAUCCAUGUCAGAAUGGCGGAGUUUGCCAGGACGGCCUGGGGCAGUACAGUUGCACCUGUCCGUCUGGCUGGCACGGCACACAAUGCGAACUAGACAAUGACGCUUGUGCGUCGUAUCCGUGUAGAAACGGAGGGACGUGUAACGACGGGCCGACUGGAUACGUCUGUGCGUGUGCUCCAGGGUGGGCCGGGACGGACUGCGAACGGGAAAUUAACGAGUGUGAAACGAACCCGUGUUACAACGGCGCCGUGUGUAUCGACCAAGUGAACGGAUUCUACUGCAACUGUACCGAGGGAUGGGAGGGCUUCGACUGCCUCACUGAUAUAAAUGAGUGCCUGAGCCAGCCGUGCAUGUUUGGUGGAGCUUGCACAAACGGAGUGAACGGCGUUUACACAUGCAGCUGUCAGCCAGGAUAUCAGGGACAAGACUGUGAGCAGGUGCUGCUGUACUCUGAGGCCUCCUACAGCUGUGACUUCGACACGGACCUGUGCAGCUGGGAGCAGGACCAGCAGACCGACCAGCAGGACUUCCUGUGGAACAGCGGGAAGUGCGGCACAUGGGGACCGAACGAAGCACAUGUACCAGGUGGCCAUUACCUGUGUAUGGACACCGCUCACAGCCUGGCUCAGAACGCUGUGGCCAGGCUGAUCAGUCCCGUGUUCGUCCCCCAAGUGCACAUCAACAGGGUGCUGCGGUUCUGGUACUACAAGAACGUGCUCGGGAACUCGGGAUUCCGGGUCUACCUGAUGCUGAACGGGAAUCUGGACCCGAACCCGGUCUGGGAGGAGAACAGCAGGGGGAACGACUGGAGGAUGGCAGAAAUCAACAUCGAUGGAAGGAGUCAAUUCCAGGUCGUCUUGGAGGGAUUCAGAAGUGGAGGCAACCUGCUGGAUCUUGCCAUUGAUGAUGUUACUAUUGUUGAUCCAGAUCAGAAUGAGUGCAGCAGCAACCCCUGCAUGAACAACGGAGUCUGUAACGACGCUUUAUUCUCCUACACCUGUGCCUGUCGGCCACAAUGGGUGGGGGCACACUGUUCUUACGACUCGGUCGUGUGUGCCAACUCGCCUUGUCAGAAUGGAGGAACAUGUGUGCCAAGCGGUGGUAGCUUUACCUGCCGCUGUUUGGCCGGAUGGUCUGGACAAAACUGCCAAAUAGACACAAACGAGUGUUCAAGCAACCCGUGUGUGCACGGCCAGUGUAUUGAUGUAGUCAAUGGCUACAACUGUGACUGUGAGCCCGGGUGGAUCGGUACUCGUUGUAACCAAGAUAUUGACGAGUGUGCCAGCGGUCCGUGCCAGAAUGGUGGCGUGUGCACAGACCAGGUCAACGGUUACGUGUGCAGCUGUACCUCAGGGUUUACUGGUACAAACUGCGACCUGAUCGAAAUUACCAUCGCUCCACAAACUCCCUACCGCUGCGACUUCGACACGAACAACUGUGGAUUCGUACAAGCGACGGACGACGACGCAGACUUCGUCAGACUGACGGGGAAGUGUGGCAACUAUGGCGCACCUGCUGAUCACACUACAGGUCAGAACGGUUACUACAUGUGCUUGGAGAGCACCCUAACUCCCAACACCAUGGCAGCCAUGUACAGCCCGACUUUUGUCACAACUUCCCCGAGGAAACUACGAUUCUGGUUCUACAAGAACACGAUCGGAGACUCGUUCAUGGAGCUGACCGUCACGACCCACGGUAGUACCGGUCAGCCGAACAACGUUGUCUGGACGGCAGACGACAGAUCAUCCGACUGGAGGAUGGCUGAGCUUGAUAUACCGGCCGGACGGUUCGAGCUUACCUUUAGAGGAGUGAAGAAUGGAUACAGGAGUACAGAUUUUGGCUUCGAUGACAUACAGAUCCUCGAUCCAAAUACAAAUGAAUGCGCCAGUUUGCCUUGUCAGAAUGGAGGAAUCUGCACAGACGGGGACUUCACCUUCACUUGUACCUGUAGGCCACCGUACACUGGAGCUCUCUGCGAAACUGACCAUGAUUACUGCUCGAGUCAACCAUGCAGUAAUGGCGGGACGUGUCUAGAUUUACAAGAUGGACAUUCAUGUAUCUGCCCGGUAGGAUUUGGUGGAGACGACUGCACAAGAUAUGUUGACGACUGCUUGAGCAACCCUUGUCAGAACGGCGGGUCCUGUGUGGACAUGGUCCACGCGUACAUGUGCCGCUGCCUCGGCGGAUGGACAGGAAUAAACUGUGACGAAGUGUACGGUGCGAUCGACUUUGAACGUGAGCUGCAGUUCUACGGUUACAUACAGAGCAGUGAUGACGAUUUUGACUGGACAAUUGAGUCAGGAAAUACUGCAUCAUCACUGACCGGGCCAGACAGUGACCACACCACUGGAUAUGGUCAGUACGCUCACAUCGAAGCCACCGGGCACGGCGGGGGUCAGAAGGCCCGCCUGUCGGGGCCCAUCAUGCCCAUCACCAGCGGGACGUGCCUCCAGUUCUACUACCACAUGUACGGCCCCUCCAUGGGCACGCUGAACGUGUACACCCGCCACAUCGGACACGGCCUGGAGCAGCCCGUCUGGAGCCUCACCGGGGACCAGGGCAACCAGUGGAGGAUGGCGGAGGUGGAGAUCGUGGACAACAGAGCAUACGAGAUUGUUUUCGAAGGUGUUACAGAUGGAGUUUUGUCGGAUGCGGCGAUAGAUGACGUCACUGUUUACAACGGAGCUUGUCAGUCAGGAAGCGAAUAUGACGAUUGUGCGAGCAACCCUUGUCGCAACAGUGGUACGUGUCAGGACGGGGUAAACAGCUACACAUGUCGCUGCCCACCUGGCUGGUAUGGGACCCACUGUGAAUUAGAUAACGCGGCUUGUAGCAGCUACCCCUGUCAAAAUGGCGGCGUGUGUUCCGGUGGAAAUUUUGACAACUACGUCUGUAGGUGCCAAAGGGGCUGGACGGGAGACAACUGUGAUGUCGACGUAGACGAGUGUUCUUCGAGUUCAAGUCUUUAUUGCCAAAACGGAGCGACAUGUGAAAACCUUCAAGGGUCCUACACAUGCCACUGUGCGUCAGGCUGGAUAGGGAACAACUGCGAAACCAACGUUUGCACGAACAAUCCGUGCACGAAUGGCGGGACGUGCCAGGUCGCCCAGAACGCCGUGCAGGGAUUCCUGUGUCUGUGCCAGCCCGGAUUCGAUGGAUCAACGUGUAGCCACAUCUCAGUAACCCACGACAGACCUGUUUCGUGUAACCUGGAAGUUGACGACUGUGGCUGGGAGAACACGGUGGUCACCACGGAUGACCUCGACUGGUUCCGAACGCAGGGUGGCAACUGUGGCUCCAGCGGACCCGCACAGGACCACACCACUGGGCAAGCAUCCGGUACUUUCUUCUGCGUCGUGCCGCCAAGGGGAGUCUUCGAUGACAAAGUCGCGCAGCUCUGGAGUCCCUCGUACACCAGUAACACUUUCACCAUCAAAACGUUCACGUUCUGGUACUACUCCACCAGUGUGGACGUCCUGAACGUGUUCCUGGUUGUUGACGAGGUGAUCGGGACGUUACUGUGGAGCGGGAGUUUCGCACGAGACACCAGAGCUGCUCAGUGGAGAGACGUGCAGGUCAAUGUGUCAGCCAGUCAGGACUUUAGAAUCGCCAUUGAAGCCCACACCAGAGGCCGUUCAACCCCCAUUGCCUUAGACGACAUCACGAUCUCCGACACAGGCAUAUCCUACACACCAGGGAGGACCACGUUACCACCCGGCACCACAACAACGACAACAAGGCCCACACCUCCUGUGACUGCAACAGACCAACCCAGACCAACGUAUCCAACAUCAACAACGCCCAAACAAGAAGAUACCGACAACGGUGGCUCGUCUCCACUUGUGGGCAUCAUCGCCGGCGUCAGUGUGGGCGCCCUGGCUCUUAUAGCCAUUAUCAUAGGAAUCGUUUUCUACAUAAGAAGGAGAAACGCCGCCGGCCAGGGAGGCGGCGGUCUGAGAGAGAAGGAAGACAUCGGGAUGAAGGAAAUCGGGAAAGGCGGAAAUGACUAUGUCGCAUUUGACGAAGACGGCACCGGAAAUGGUCAGGCGGGGAUAGACAAUCCGUUGUACAUCGACCACCCGCUGUUCAAUGCUUUAAAGCUGGGGAAAACAGGUGACGAUUCAGAAACUUAACUAGAGCUUCUGACUCGAAUCAUCUUUAGAUAUUUUCCAAUCUCAUGAUCAUCGGGAAAGAUAUUGGAACGAAGAUGCUGACCAACCUUGACGAAUACAAGAGACUGUUUCGCCAUAUCUUGUAGAUUUACAUUUAUAGGAUCUUAUAGAAACCAACUCACUGCCCUCUGUCCUUGUAGACAUUUUAUAAUUUCCUUUCAUAUCUCUCUACUUUGGAUUCAUAUCUUUCUACUUUGGAAUAAAAGGGACCAAAACACCUCUCUGUCUUUAUGUCCAUAACAUGUAACUUCUCUGUCAUUAUGUCCAUAACGUGUGUAAAUGUGGGCGUUAUUUGCAUGAUUAAUGUUGAUAUUUUCAAAUAACGUUCCAAAGGAAAAGAUUUUCACACAAUA